AUGGCUUCGAGGAGACUGGUGAAGCUGCUGUUCUUUGAGCUCCUUGAGCUUGCUGCCUUCUCUGUCCCCACACUGGUGAUAAUGGAACAGUUUGCCGAUGCCUAUCAAAGCACAAGGGGUACACCUGGCAAAGCGCAUUAUUGGCUGAUUGUUUCCUGUUCCAUCGCCUAUGUAUCUUCAGUGACUCUUUUGAUUUGGGUUCCCGUGAAAGUUCUCUUGUACAGGAAACGUCAUCUUUACCAAAAAAUCAAAGGAUGGAGACCUGUUAUGAUGAUGUGUGUAAUCCUCACCACACUUCCCAGCUUCAGCUUCUCUAUAGCAGUGACCAAGGUUCAAAAGAAUAUUAAUGGUUCCACUGAUAUGUUACCUGACCUGCCAGUCUCUUUGGUUCUGACCUGCUUGAUCAUGGUUGAUAUUAUUGAAAAACUCAGGACAUAUCCUCUUAGAGGGAGGCAAAAGAGUAACGAAGACAGGCACAUCCACACGACCAGUUUGCAGCAAAUAAAAACUGUGACGGAUGAAUUGAGGCAAAAUGAAAACCUGACACCUUCGCAGCCAGCCGGGAGGACCCGGCUGUCAUGGCUACCAGGAGCCACAACAGAGGGCUCGACUCCUGAGCUGGAGGGACCCCAAGAGCCCACCUUCGAACGGGGAAUCCUGAGAAUGAUGUCGCAGCAGGAUGUGCGUGCUGAGAUCUUCCUCUGGAGCUUUCUGCUGUGGUCGGACACCAUAGAAAUGGUGCGGGUGUCCGGGAACCCCAAAGUGUACACGUCAGGCUGGGUCUACCCCGUCUACAUCUUCAGUUUCAUUUCUCUUCUUCGAAUGAUACUGACUCCCCGGAACCCGCUUCUGAAUUCCCUGGGCAUCGUGCUCCAGGAUCUACCCUUUAUCUUUGUUAGACUUAGUUUAAUCAUUGGCCUGGGAACGAUCACACCCGUCUUGGGCCUUUGUAAAAAUGUACUCGUGACUCUCUCUUAUGUUUACUUCAAUUACUUAACCAAAUUCAGGAUUUUCUCUCCCUUUGAGGUAUCUUUUUAACAAGGAA